ACAGCGUCUAAUUGACCACUCAGCCUUUGUCAUACAAACCGGCCAAAGGCCUCAUAAACGCUCAUCUAUAUUAUUGCUGAACGCUCCCAGCCCUCUUACAACCCACUCUCAUCUCGCACGACAAUGACUCUCACGCAGCACCCGAUCCACCCCCGCUCAGAUCCUAGGCUCGUCUCGCCAAAACCGACCGCCUCUGCACCCGCCAAUGUUACGAUAAGCCAUGUCCAACUGCGAGACCUCAUGGUCUGCCCCGCCGAACGUGGUGUGCUCUGGUAUGUUAGUGAACGGAGAAUAGUUGAGCAGGACAUGCUGUCGGAUUCUCCCUCGCGACAGCGGACACUUGCACUCUUGAAUUUCACUCCUGUUACUCUCUCAGCUUUACGAAUCGCACCCUCAUGUUCUUCGGGGAAAGACGUCAUUCUUCUUGCUGCAGGCGGACAAGAUGCUGAGCUCUUUCUUGCACUGUAUGUCUACACUCCAAGACGCAGACGAUAUCGUCACGUUCCGAAAUCUGAGGAACUCGAUGGGUCUUCUGAGCAAGGGUCUGGUACACUUCCACCUGGAGACGAAGCUCUAGCAGAUAUGGAUAUAGAGUCUGACUCGAGUGGAGAAGACGUCAAGGAAGCCGAAGAGCAUGCAUCGGGCUACUCGACGCCGUCCUGGCAACAUAUGUCCUCUCUCGUUGGUUCAAUCAACAACAAUGUACUACUCUAUUUACCACCCCCUCAAACUGAUUAUGGCUCAAACAAAGAUGUCACGAAAAAUCACGUAUCUCCGCGCCUGGUUGUGAGCAAUAACGACUGCACCGUCAAGUUCUUCGAUGUCUGUCUUUCUCGAAGGGGUCUUAGAAGAGGAUCUUCCCACCGCUUACCCCCUCCUCAAAACCCUGACUCACGAUUUUGGCGACAUGACUUUGGAACACGAACAGUAUGCGAAGGUGAAGGGUGGGGAGAGAAAGGUCAGGAGCGGAUUGUACGGUAUGAGCGUGUAGGCCUUCUAAGAUUACCCGUUCCUGUCAACCAUACUUCUAUUUCUCCUGAUGGUUCAACUGUCCUCUCAUGCGGAGACGCAUCGACGGUUUACCUUUAUCGCAUAUUACCCGUCCGCGACGGUUCAUCGCUCCUUUUCGAACCACUUGCAACAUAUAUAGUCCCUGUCCCCUCACCGUUACCCCCUCCCUCCGCUCAUUUGAAUCCGCAAUCACGAUCUCACAUCGCAGUUCGUUCAGGCUCUAGUCGACAUCGUGAUCCAGGUGGAGCGUAUCUUCCCUAUGCAUUUGUCAACGGUAAUUGGGUUGUCGCUGGUCCUCAUCCGUUCUACGGCGAUGUUUCAGGAGGUGUGGAGAUUCCACCUGCAUGCUUUACAACCGCAUGGAGUACAGACGGUAUGCGAUUUGCUGUAGCAAGCCAGGAAGGUUUGAUCCGUCUCUGGGACAUACGAAGCAAGGAGGCUAUUGCUGGUUGGGAAACAGGACCGAAAUGCACUGGGGAGGGAGGAGCAAUGAGUGCGGAUGCGCAGCGUGCUUGGUUUGACUUCUCUGGAGGAGCUCCGCCGUGGGGUAUACGGACAUUGAAAUUUGCUCGGAACGCUAGUGGUCGGGAACUGCUUGUUUUCACAGAGCAUAUAUCUCGUGUCCAUGUCAUUGAUGCAGAUACGUUUUUGACGCAUGAUAUACUGCGCAUCCCUCAUGUCCAACCAAGUCCUUCCGGCCCUCCAAUUCAUGAUGAUUCUCAUCUUCCCCCUUGGCUUGUCCCGCAGGCGGACCAACAUCAUUCAAUGGGAAGACGUGACUUACCACGCUGGGUACAAACCGCCGCGGACGAGAACCGAUCGCAAUUUAUGGCUUUGGCUGACGGCGGUAUAUAUGAUGCAGUAGAUGGAUCUGGACGUCGUUACGUUCCCAGUGGAAUUGGGGAGAGUGACUUUGAUUGGGAUUUGGAAGACAUGCUGCUUCUGGCCAGAGAAGACUUGCGCUCUGCGUCUCGGUCUCAUGGUGUGUCCGCGCCGCGCCGCAGACCUAGGGCCCUUUUGCCCGAAAUCAGAGAACCAGGCGGGGAGCCGAGCCGUGUGCUGAGUCCGAAUCUACCAUUCUCGCAAUCGCCUGAGCCGACAGCGAACAGGAGUUUUGCAGACCAAAUGUCUGCGGAGACCGAAGCCACAAACAGGGACAACUCGCAAAGAAACCCCGAGUUUGGGAGGUAUGCGACGAGGCACUCGGCGCUUGCUCAGCGGGCAAAUGAGCGUGUUCGGAUACGAGAACGAGAGCGUCGGGAGUUGCAGGAAGCAGCGGAGGAACGGAGACGGCGGAAUCCUUUGAGAGACGACGCUCAGAUGGAAGAGGAUAUCGUAUACCAUGCUGCACUUGAGCGGCGAACCCAGAGCGAGCGUGAGCACAUACUCGUCAUGCGAGAUAGGUUACGUGCCAUUGUGGACUUGCGACGAGAACGAUUAUCACGAGAUCGCUCAGAGCGUGAGCAAGAAAGCAGUAGUACCCGAGACGGAGUGUCGACGCCGUACGUUUCAAGACUGCUUGAAGACCUGAGAACGCGUUCGCCUGGUUCUAGUGAUCGGUCGCAUCGUACAGAAGAAGAUAGGGAUGCGAGGUCCGGACCUGUCCUUAUUCCUCGCCUUUCGAGCGAACGAUCUGAAGAUGAUGUACGUGAAGUCUUGGCAAUGCACGGGAUUCCGUCCGUCCGAGCGAGCGAGGAUGUGGACACAGUUAUGGAUGAACCACGAGAAGAACAGACAUUACCAAUUCCGAGCCUUCCGCGAGCUGAACAUCGCCGUCCUGUUUCCCCAUCAGCAUCGACGGUUUCCUCAGCAGCUGUCUCAGCUACGACCUCUACUGUUGCGCAAGCUGGAAGCGUACUUAACGGCGAACCUUCGAAUACAAAUAGGGAGCCAGGAUCUGACACACAUUCACUUCUAGCUCCAUCCAUUCGCAGCUUGCGAGCUGCUCGAGUGGCAGAAGACGACUGGAUACAGGUCGACGGAGACGAAAUGGACGUUGGAGAUGGUGAUGAUUCGGAGGCGACGGAGUUGGACUGCGCGGAGCCAAAUGUAACGACGAGCCAGCUUCCAGAGCCUGGGAGAUCUGCUUCGGUAGGACCGUCGUCCUUGCGGGUGAAUACGACUACUUCUUCGCCUGCGCCGUCACCUUCCACCGCUACGUCAACAACCAUGUCAAUACCGAACUCUUCCUCAUCUUCGUCUGCCUCAGCAGUGGCAGAACCAAAUCAGUCGAUGCCCUCAUUAUCAUCUUCCACCUCUUCUACUACAGUGGACGUGUCUUCUUCGCAUAACCACAGCCUUCCCCCAUGUCGCGACUUGAUUGAAUCGACUGAUCGACUGGACGUUGCGGGUAUCGCAUUCGACCCUAGGGGUGCGUACAUGUAUGUCGCAACCGUGGAUGGUAUCACAGAAUGGGAAGUAAAGGGUACUGAGGAGCGAUGGUGGAGCACCGCUGGAUGUUUGUGACGCUGACAGCGUUGCUUUCUUCUGGUGAACGAUGAAUGUAGGAUUUUUUACGUUUUUGUUUUUAUACUUGUGUUUCUUAUGAUUUUUGGCUGUGAAUUCCCCCCCCCCCCGGGCCCUGCGUCUCCUCUCCUCUCCUCUCUCCCGCCAUCAUGAAAUGCAAUGCUGAAUGAAUGAUUAAAUAAAUGUACCAUUAGAUUUUCUUUUUCUUUGUGUCAACAUGCAUUGUGUAGUUUGUUGUAUUUUUU